AAAUUUAAGUGAAUUUGGAAAAUGUGGAGUCCCAAAAGGGAGAUAGUCCUAGCCAUAGAUUACAUACAAUAUCCCCAGUUGUACCAACACUUAGAACAUAUUUUCUGACAAGCGACAACCGACAAAGAAACUUGAUCGUGGUGAACUUUGAAGCUGAGAAAUAAAUUAAAAUGACAGUACAACAGCUCAACUCAAAUAAUUCUGACGACUCAGAUGAUAUGGUUAGUUUACCGCCCGAAGAAGAAAUUUAUAGACGAAAAUAUCAACUGUUAUUGGAACGAUGUGAAGUCUUGCAACAGGAUAACGAAAGAAUCAUAAACAGGAUACACGAAGUGAAAAAAGUGACUAAAAGGUACCGUAAAGAUAUUAAGUUAGUGAUUGAAAGGUUGGACAGACAUGGCGAUCCUUUUAGGAGCGCUGUAUUGGAAAUGGAUACGAAAUCUGAGACUGUCCAGAGACCUGCUCGUCCUGUAGCGAAAGUACAACCAGUCGCCAAACAAACCGACAAACAAAACGGAGGAAAAAAAACAGGAGCCAAACGAAAAACAAAGGCAGAGAAGCCUGAAAAAGAUCCUAAUGCUCCAAAGAAACCUUGUAAUGCAUUUUUCCAAUUUUGUCAAGAACAGAGGCCUUUAGUAGUUGCUGAAGCUAAUUCAGAAGUAGGUGCAGAACCAUCCAAACAAGAAGUUACUAGACAAUUGGCAUCAAGAUGGAGAGCUUUGACGAAUGAUGAAAAAAGGGUAUAUGUCGCAAUGUUUGAGAGGUCAAAAGAGAAAUAUGCAGAAGAAAUGACAGCAUAUAAUAUCAAAAAGGAACAAUGAUGUACCGGCAAUAGUAUUAAAUUCUAUUGUGAUAUCAGCUUUAAGUCUAGGUUAAAUUUUGUAAAUACAAUGUUUUA